AUGGUCGUGGACAUAGCCUCCAAGGGUGCCGACAAGGAGAAACAGGAGACCCUCAAGCUCACCAAGGAAAAUGAUAUUCUCUAUCAAAAUGUGGAGUUAAGUCCAAGGACGAGGAACUUCGAUCCCUGGACAUAUAACUCUACAGAAGUAAGAGUACGAUUUGCACCUAGUCCAACUGGAUAUUUGCAUUUGGGAGGACUUCGAACUGCUUUGUAUAAUUAUUUGUAUGCCAAGCAUAACAAUGGCCGUUUCCUGUUGCGGAUUGAGGAUACAGAUCAAACACGUCUCGUGCCUGGAGCCAUGGAACGUUUAAUCGAAGAUUUGCAAUGGUCUGGCAUAGAAAUUGAUGAAGGACCCGGUUCAAAGGCGCCGGGUAACUAUGGCCCUUAUAUACAAAGUCAACGUACCAAAAUAUAUUUAGACCAUGUUCAAGUUUUGCUUGACAAUGGUUCGGCUUAUCGUUGUUUUUGUACAGAACGAAGAUUGGAUUUGCUGCGAAAGGAGGCUUUACGUACUAGACAAGUACCAAAAUAUGAUAAUAAAUGUCGUCAUCUUACACAAGACCAGAUUGAUGAGCAUUUAGCUAAAUCGACACCGUAUUGUAUUCGUUUUAAGCUAAACGAUUAUGAGGAGCCGCUUAAUGAUUUAAUUUAUGGCCCAGUACAUCACAAUGUUAGUCAAAAUGAAGGAGAUCCAGUUAUUGUGAAAUCUGAUCAAUUCCCAACCUACCACUUUGCCAAUGUUGUCGAUGAUCAUCUAAUGAAAAUCUCACAUGUCUUUCGUGGUGUUGAAUGGCAAAUAUCGACAACAAAACAUUUACUUUUGUAUAGAGCCUUUGGUUGGCAACCACCAGAAUUUGGUCAUUUACCACUUCUGGUUAAUGUAGACGGGACUAAAUUAAGUAAACGCCAAGGUGAUAUAGGUAUUCAAAAUUUCAGAGAUAAAGGCUACUUUCCAAUAGCCUUGUUAAAUUAUGUUGUCUCAGCUGGUGGUGGUUUUCCUCAUGAACAAUUUUCGAAACCAAAAGUUUAUACAUUAUCAGAACUUUCGGAAAUGUUCGACAUUGAAAAAGUCAAUUCUCACCCAAGCCGUCUAAAUCCUGAACUUCUUGAUGAAUUUAAUCGUUUACAAAUCGAAGAAUUGCUAAAGUCUGAAGACUCGGCAAAUGACUUGGUGAAAAUGGUACAAAAUUUGGUGCAAACUACAUAUCCUUCGGAAAAAAAUCUCGAUCUUAAUACAGCACAUAUUCGCAAUAUCCUCCAUUGGUCAUCAAAACGAUUAACAUUUAUAAAAGAUUUGACCUCGCCAAAAUUGAGUUUCCUCUGGGUGAAGCCGGCAAAUUUUCAACUCGAUGUUAUCAGUAAAGAACAACAGAACAAACUAUUGGAUACUCUUAGAAAGGAAGAUUUUGCAAAGGAUCACUUAAAUACUGUCCUAAAGGAUUAUAGCAAACAAAAUGGUAUCAAAUUUCCUAUACUUAUGAAAUCUUUAAGAUCUGCUUUAAGUGGUUUGAAAGAAGGACCUGGUGUGGCUGAAAUGAUGGAAAUUUUGGGUAAGAAAGUGGUAUUGGAACGACUUGCAGAUGCCAUGGCUUAUUGUGAAAAAUCACCAGAGAAACGAAAAGUAACUGUCUAG